GCCUCAGCCUAUCACAGCGCAGCGCUUUCACUGCCCCGCAGGAGCCGCAGCGCAUAAAAAGGGGACGACGCGCGCCUGGAAGCAAUCUGCUCCUUCUCGGAUUUACUCCACACGUCGAAUUCCCCAAAAACCUCUCCGUUUGCGGAAUAUCAACGCCGAUUUCAUCAUGACUCUUGAGGAAGUCCUGAUCCAGAAACCCGCCGAGCGCGCUCAGUGUGUCGGCACAGCCCUGGAGGAAGUCCUGGCGUCCGCUAAAGACAACGACUCCCUCACCGUGGGCGUCUACGAGUGCGCAAAAGUCAUGAAUCUCGAUCCAGACAGCGUGUCCUUCUGCGUCCUGGCCGUGGACGAGGAGUUCGAGUGUGACAUCGCGCUCCAGAUCCACUUCACCCUCAUCCAGUCCUUCUGCUUCGACAACGACAUCAGCAUCGUGAGAGUGAGCGACAUGCAGCGUCUGGCUGAGAUCGUUGGCGACAAGGCGGAGCAGCUGGAAGACGCUCACUGCGUCCUCAUCACGAACCCGGCGGAUGGGUCUUGGGAGGACCCUGCUCUGGAGAAGCUGCACCUGUUCUGUGAGGAGAGCCGUCGCGUGAACGACUGGGUUCCCGAGAUCAGCCUCAGCGCACGUUGAUCCGGGACUCGAGGCCUCUCUUGCGCAGAUGCUGCGAAGCUUCUUAUUUGGAACUACUCAUCCUUGUGAACAGGAUGAGCCCGUUUCUGCUCAUCCCUGGAUGCUCCUGAGGAGGUACCGGUCCAGGCAGCGCGGCGCCGGUCCGAGGAGGGCCCCCGCGAACCGUCGCCUCUCGUCGCGUCCGUGCCAAGAUGACGCUCAUUCUUUGUGUGAACGAGGUCAGGCACGAAGCGAGAGCGACACAUCGACCCUCAUUCUUUGUGUGGAUGAGGUUUGGAGAGGAAGGAGAAGCGCGUUCUGCGUCCUGUGGUCCCACAGAGCAAAUGUCGCACGUUGAAGCACGCGCAGCAGGAGACGAAGCGGUGCUGAGGAAGAGGCCUUGUUAAAAAGAGACUUUUUACAAGUGCCCUCUUUGCUGAGCAACAUGACAACAGUUGCAGUCAGCGGAAAUGUUUCCCACUUUCCAGAAUGGUCUUAAUUCUCUAAAGGUUUCACUUUAGAAAUUUAACGAUGACAAAAAUAUAGAAAAAAAAAACAUAAAAAAGGCUUUUCUAAAGGUUUCACUUUAGAAAAUGGCCAAACUAAGUUAAUGUUUAAGAAUAUUAAGAAAUUAUAAGAUGAAGUUAUAUAUUGUAAAAGUUUCACGAGCUACUGAAAAUAGAUUAAUGAUUUGACUGAAGAUGUUCAGAUCCUGUAAUUGUUUUCUGGGAUAAUGAUAGAAAUUAGUUAAAUUAUACAUUUGAAUAUUUUUACUAUUAAAAUUGUAAAUCCAAAAUGCUUAAUAAACGACAAAGCAUCAUA